CGCCGCAGCGUAAGUGGCCGGGGUGAGUGUGCGGGGAGGGGGGUGGUCUGCUCCCAGCUGUCGGUCAUGUCGGUGCAGGAGGACCCGGUUCAGCGCGAGAUCCACCAGGACUGGGCCAACCGCGAGUACAUCGAGGUGAUCACCAGCUCCAUCAAGAAGAUCGCGGACUUCCUCAAUUCCUUCGACAUGUCCUGCCGCUCGCGCCUGGCCACGCUCAACGAGAAGCUGACGGCGCUGGAGAGGCGGAUCGAAUACAUCGAGGCCCGGGUAACAAAAGGUGAAACGCUGACAUAGGGUGGCGGAGACUGGUAGGGAGCCAACCUGG